ACAGCUGUCCCUUUCGUUGAUCGGCGGCUGCGGUGUCAGAGGGGACAGAGGGGGAUAAGUAAUUCGUUUCAGCAACGCGAGGCGUCAGGUCAGUCGAGCUAAGAUGGCUACGUUGGAUCAAUGAAACUGGAGUAAUAGUAGUAAAAUCAAAAUCAAGGACUUGUUCAGGUGUGUCUUGAUCAGUGUUUAACGUGUAAAUGGGACAUGGGAAAGGAUCAAGAGCUGCUGGAAGCAGCAAGGAGUGGAAAUGUCACUGUUGUGGAGAAAAUUCUUGGACAACGAGCGCGAAGGAGUGGUCCAUUGGCAAGCCUCCGACGAGGGCCUGGAGCUAACGUGCAAGAUGCUAGUGGUUAUUCAGCUCUUCAUCACGCAGCUUUAAAUGGUCACAGAGAUGUGGUGAAAUUAUUAUUACAACAUGAGGCAUCAACUAACGUUGUCGACGCAAAAGGAUCAUCACCACUUCAUUUAGCUGCGUGGGCUGGUGAUGCAGAGAUUGUCAAAUUACUUCUCAGUCAAGGGCCAUCUGUACCGAAUGUUAAUCUCACGACGAAAGACAAUGAAACAGCUUUACACUGUGCUGCUCAGUAUGGUCAUACAGAAGUGGUGGCCCAGCUGUUGCAGUACGGAUGUGAUCCCAGCAUCCGGAACAGCCGUGGCGAAUCUGCACUCGACCUUGCAGCGCAAUAUGGCAGAUUGGAAACGGUUCAACUUCUUGUGAGAACACAUCCAGAGUUAAUUGAAGCACUGCGUAGUUCUUCCUCAUCGUUGAUCUUCCCUCACACGCCACUACACCUUGCCUCUAGAAAUGGUCACAGGGCUGUUGUUGAAGUUCUUUUGGCCUCCGGCGUGGACGUCAAUACAAGAACAUCAGCCGGUACUGCGAUGCAUGAAGCAGCUCUCUGUGGUAAAAUGGAGGUUGUGCGAGCACUUUUAGAUCGUGGAGUCGAUCUUGGUAUCAGAGAUUCGCGACAGAACACGGUGCUUGAUCUUCUCGGUCAAUUUCCACCUCAUGUCACACAUGACAUAACUGCAGUGAUAAAAAGACAUCGAUCGUCUUCCGGAAUAGAAAGUGAUACAGAAAGUGAAAAUCUCCCACCAAUUCCUGUUCAAAAUGAAUCAUUAGGAAGUCCUUAUGAAAAUGUUCGUCCUGGAGAUGAUCUCUCAUCGGUAGAAGGAUCGUCUCCUACUCAAUGGCAAUUCUAUCAUAAGCCACGAGAAGAAGAUCGUCGGGUUUCUGGUACCUCAGUCAUGUCACUGGGCUCUGAUAGUGGAUUAUACCAGACGCCACCAGCACCUCUUUGUACGGAAGGUAGUUACGUCUCUGAGGAUCUGUCUUUGACAUUACCUCAUGGAUUUGUGGGUAGAGAAUCUGAUCAAUUGAGCGUUUCGUCUUCAUCAAGCGUCGGUGGACCGAGCCCCAGGGAUAGACGUUGUUUACCAAACGAUUCUGGAAUUUCUGGAAUUUACUUGCCUAUGGCUCCACUGUCCAGUUCACUUCACAGUCCUGCUUCUAACAGCAAAGUCUCGCCAACACCUCCUAAAAAGCCACCUCGAAGGAAUUUAUCAGUUUCACCAACUCAUCUACAAACACAAAUGUCUCUCUCGGCUGAUUGUUCACUUGGUCCAAGCAAUUAUGAAUACUUAUUUCUCGCUAGAAGUGGUGCAAGAAGCCAUAUAGAUCUUGACCAACUUCAAAGUCGUCGGGAUCAAUUACGCCAUGUUACUAGAAGUGUAGAUCAAUAUGUAGACAUGAAGGCACGUUGCAGUGAUUUCACUAGACGACCGGAAACGGAACCAGUUGCAUUGACAGCUGUAUAUGGUGAUCGGUUGAUAAAACUUCAAAACCCACGAAGAAAAUUACGAAGACAUUGCGAAAGAGCUUAUGAAAAUUAUGAAUUUGAACGAAGUCCUGGAGUUGAUGAAUCUCCAUGUAGUGAAAGUGCAUCUAAUGAUCAAACUUUUGUCUCCAAUGCAUUUUUAACACUUAAAUCUUCUCAAGAAAGUCUUCUUGAUGAAAAACGUGAAAAUUGCGAUGGCCAAGUGUUAAAUGACAACCGAGAAGCAACAGACAAAAGACUCAAGAGGGUACAAAUGCUUAUUCCUACAAGUCCAACACAUUAUGUUCAACCACCAACACCAGACCAUCCCCCUCCGUCCGCUUUACAAGCUGAAAAGUCUAUUCAUGAAAGAAUUCGUCCACUGAGUCAGGUUUAUAAACGACGUUCACGCGAUAUGGAAACUGAAACGGAUGAGGAUCUCUUACAAUUUCAACCAAGUGGAUCUCUUGAUGCAUCAAGCGGCUCUUUGUCGAGUGUUUCACUCUCGGACAAAAGUAUGUCCACAGACAACGUGGAGGAGUACUUUGGUGAUGUGCCCUUUGCAGGUUUACUAAAAGGUUCUGUCACGGCUGAACGUCCUCGAACUCUUCGACGUUUGCGGAACGUCUACGGAUCGACCGUAUGCGGGAUGGGAACUGGUGUGGACGUUACUGGAGAACGUUUAGAUGAUGGUGGUGUUGAUGGGUCACUUCGAGAUCGUGAUAGGGAUGAAAAAUCUCUCAGCAUCAUGAGCCCCUUCGACGAGCAAGAAGAGUGGGCUAAAAUUUCAGAAAUAAUGGCUUCUUUUGGCACAGGGCUUGUCAGAGAGUCAGUCUUUGUUAAUGAAUUGGAGAAGGAGUUUCAAACAAGAUUGGGGAUUGGUUCAGACACUACCAGCAGCCCUACUGUUGUUUCACCGAUUGGUCAAUGGCUAUUGGAUUUAGGCUUGGCUGACUACGAGUCUCUUUUCAUCAACUAUGGUUUUGAUGACCUAGAUUUUAUCAAUGGAAUAUUGGAAGACUCUGACUUGAAAGACAUGGGAAUAACAAGUGACCAGGAUCGUGCUGUGAUAAUGAACGCAUCCUUGUCGUUGAAUAAAUGUGUGGACAAACGAUCAGGUUCACAAGCAAAGACAGUUGAUGAGUGGCUUAAAGGAAUACACUUGGAAAAAUACAUAGAAACUUUCAAGAAACAUCUUUAUACUGAUAUGGAUCGUGUUAAAAGAGUUUGGGAAGUGGAGUUAGCAGCAGUGCUUGAAAUUCAAAAACCUGCCCACAGAAAACGAAUCCUAGCAUCUGUAACAGGACCAAGCCCACGCUCUCAAUCUAGAAAUGGAAGUGGACCUAAUUUAGAGGAUCUUAAUAAGGAUCUUAACACUUUGAAAACUAAUAUCCAACAGCUGAAAGAGGAAAUUCGAGAAAAACUUCCUGAACCUUCACAAGACAAUGGAAAUCACUCGACUAUUGUUACUGGAACGAAUGCAGCUACUUCAGGAACACUGAGACAUCGAAAAAAUCGUCCAGCACCUCAACCUCCUAAUCGUUCAAACUGUCAGAAUGGUAAUGUGACAGCAGAGCAGCUUGAAAUUCGUGCACCUUCUGAACUUCUUUUUGGUGUUCCCUCGACUCUUAAGACUCAGUGGAGACAUCAACCCAAGGUUCUAGUCACUGGUAACAUCAAAUACGUUGCCAAUUACUUGGGUUCCACGGUGGUCAAAGAACUUCGAGGCACCGAAUCGACCAAGAAAUCAAUUCAGAAACUGAAGAACACUUGCAGAGAUCCUAGAGUUAGUUUAGGGAUCACUUUAGCCAUUUCCUAUCGUGGAGUUCGGUUUUUGGAUACUGUUACGAAUGAACCCAUAUGUGAUCAUGAGAUUCGUAAUAUCCACUGCGCGUGUCAGGAUGCGGAUGAUCUCACCCACUUUGCAUACAUAACAAAGGAUCAUGCGAGUCGAACACAUUUUUGCCAUGUCUUCUGUGUCCCAACGAUGGAUCAAGCUACUGAAGUUAUCUUGACUUUAGGCCAAGCGUUCGAAGUUGCUUACCAAAUGGCUUUGAAAGAUAAACUUGGCAAUAAUCAAACAGUACGAUCUCAAUCCGCUAAUCAAUUGACCAGCAUAGCAAAUUCGGGCAACAUUACAUCAACAAAUGCCAAAGCGACUUUGAUAACUAAUCAAAGUAAUGAAACCCGUACCAAGACUGAUAUGAUUGGUACAAAUGAUAUGAAAAUGACGACAAAUACGAAUGAUAGUGAAAAGACGAAUACAUUAAAGGCUAAGUCAAAAACGAAGAAUACCAAUUCAAUAAUGACAAGUUCUAAUCACAAUUCUCAUGGGAACUCAAGCGUAAGCGCAAAUUCACAUGGUACAAACGUUAAUACUGGAAAUAAUUGCACUUCCGGUGGAAACUCAAAUGCCAAUCCAAAGCCACUGGUAACGCACGGACGCUCACAUUCGGUAAACGACAUCAAGAUUAAUGGGAAUCAGUUAAAGCUCGCACCAACUCCAGUUGAUGACAUUGGUAUUGGCGUCAAGGAUAUGAAGGCUGGCUCUCGGGCACCAAUUGCUCUUUCAGAAGAGCUGUAAUCCAUGAAAAUCAAUUUGAUUAAACUGUGAUUAUUUAUUUAAACUUGUGAGUCAAGUCUUUGUGGUCAUAUAUACAACGAGUUAUUUCUAGUGAUUUAUUGAAAACUAUUAAAUAUAACAUUUCCGCGUAUUACUAUCAAAAAGAAAAUAAACAUUUUUUUAGAUCUCAUUGUGAUCAUUUUAUCAAAUAUAUUUGACAGGUUUUAAUGAUAUUGAUGGAGGUAAGUUGUUCUAAAAAUUUCCAUCGAAUUAUUUUUCAUUCUUAUCUCUCGCUUUCUCUGCCCCUUCUCUUUGACUUAGUGCAUUAAAAUGAUGCUUUUUAAUGCACGUGGGACGUUAUUGUAUUCAUCGAAUUAAUAACAAUGACAUACACAGAAUAGAAGACUAUUAGCGAUAAUUAAUAAUGAUUGAUGAAAAGAAUGACAUUCCCAUGCACAUCAGAAUUUUUGAGGAUUUAUUACACCAAUAAAAUAAUGCUCAAUAUUGUUCUCCUAA